UCAGCUGCAUAUAUUAUCAUUCCUUUGUUGUGUUUAUAUGCUGUGACUCAGUGCGAAACCGUGAUAAAAGCACAAAAUUGAAACGAAAUUUAGUCGGUCACCAAAAUUACAAGUGUCAAGAUGUCCCUGGUUUCAGAUGAGGAGUGGGUGGAGUACAAGUCCAAGUUCGAGAAGAACUACGAGGCGGAGGAGGAUCUGAUGCGUCGUAAGAUCUACGCCGAGUCCAAAGCCCGGAUUGAAGAACACAAUCGGAAGUUCGAGAGGGGCGAAGUGACUUGGAAAAUGGGAAUCAAUCAUUUGGCUGAUCUCACGCCCGAGGAAUUUGCUCAACGUUGUGGCAAAAAGGUGCCACCGAAUUAGAAAAAUAAUUUCGAGUUAAUCUCAUUUUAAGCAGACAUUUGGUAAAGACACGAAUCUCUCUGUAAUUCUAUAAAUAUGCAUUUGUAUUUUUAAAUGUUUUUUGUUUCAACCACCCCCAAAUAAACAAUAAAUCAGCUGUUUUAUACAUUUCAAA